CUCACAACGAAGCCUCUUCAGUCUGUUGCUGUCCACUUCGUAAACAUUCUUGUGCAUUAAAUCGUUUCGAACAUUGUCUUUGUGUCAUACAUUUUUCGCGUGUACAAGUUUUCGACGUCACAACCAGGUUUGCUAUUUUGUCAGAACACAUCACGAGCAUUACAUUCUUAAUAAUACGGAUGCGGUGUAAUAAAAAUUAUAUUGAUACAAACUUCAAAUGUAAAGCUUUUAAUAAGGAGAGGAGGACAGCUCGGUAGGCCCAGGACGGUCGUACCGACGGACGGACAGACAGUUGGGAACGAGGAAGAACGACAAGAAGGAAAGAUGGCCUGGCCCGAAAGGCCGGUCGCCGUUACCAUCUCCCUCGUCAGCCUCCUGGCAUUCUUUGGAUCCUACUGUCAGAUGGCACCAGCUGUCGCUGGCACCGCCCCUGGUUGGAACCUUGGAAAAGGACUCAGAUAUGAGUUAACCACUACAACUCUUUUCAAAGAAGUCGGACCAGUCAAAUUCGGCGAUGUAGGAUUCCAACUGACCGGCCAGGUUGUGGUUACCGCCUUAUGGAAAGAUCCGAAAGAUGCCGACGCUAUUCUUCUCAAAAUUGAGCUAAUAUCUCCACAAUUAUGGAUAAAAUCGAGAAAAGCACCAGAACCCGAAGGUUUCGUCGAACACAGUUCAAAGCUGGAUAAGAGUUCAAAAAGCCCCGUUUUCAUACUCUGGAAAAACGGAGAAAUUCUAGCAGUCUACUUAGAUCCAUCAGAAACGGUAUCGAACAUAAAUCUAAAAAGAGGCCUUGCCAGUCUCUUUCAGUACAGAACUCUUGAUGGAGAAUUCAAAGAACGAGAUGCUUCCGGUCUCUGCAGUGCCAUCUACAAUUCUGCUGGACCACGUUCCAUUAGAAAACAGAAAAUUGCUUGCGAGCAGAGUUCCUUGACUCCAGUUCAAAAGCACCCAAAUCCCAUAAUGGAUGUUGAUAUUACGAGUAAUCGUAAUUCUUCAUACGAACUGACUCACGCACUUCUGCUAAAUUCUGUAAUCGAUUAUGAAAGCCACGCAAUGAAUUUGAGAGGCAAACAGGAUGUUGGCACUACCGUCACAUCUCAGAGAACCUUAAAAUUACUUCCGGGAACUUUCGAAGCGUCACCCGUGCAAGCAGAUUCCGUGAAGGAUGCUGUUGCUCUUCUCGAACCAAGUUUCAGAAAGACUCAGAUCGAUCUGCAACCUGAGCCUGCGAUUUGUCCUGAGUCUGGUUGUGUUACGCUUGAAGAAAUGCUUGAAGAAAAUCGGGAAGCUUUGGACAAUUCUGCGCUGGGAUCGGUGAAAUCGGCUGUGGCUUUUCUUAAAUUAAUACCAUUGGUCAGAAACGCUGGUCCUGAAGAACUAGCUAAACUAUUAAAAAGUCCACGAUAUCGAGAAUUAAAAUCUCAAUUAUACGAUCUUUUGGGAUCAGCAGGAACUCCUGCAGCGCAUCAGGCAGCUAUGAAAAUUCUUAAACAAGAUGAAAGAGGUGACGACACCGAAAGAUAUCUUUGGGCGCUAUCGAUGUCGGCUACUCCUCAUGCGGAUAUAGCUAAAGACAUUUUGAGAAGGUCAGAGGAGACAAUGCAGAACGAUAAGAUUUCUGAAACUCUAGCUUUGACUGCCGCUGCAAUGGCUAGGCAGCAUGGCUCCCCAGCGGUAAUUGAGAGAGCCAGAGCAAGCUUAGAAAUCGGACUCGAUAGUUGCACGGGCGAAGAAUGCAAGCUUAAAUUUCUCAGAGCUCUACGUAAUUUGAGAAGUAAAGUGGCCAUUCCGACUUUGUUAAGUUACGCUUCGAAUGGAACUAGAGCCAUAAGCGUAGCGGCUUGGCGGGCCCUGGGAGCCUUGCCGAAGGAGCAUUUAACCAAAGAGGUGAAAAUCGCAGCAGCUAAAACUUUUUAUCAAAUUGGCGGCCCUAAACGCGACAGUAGCGCCAGGACUCUUGCAUUGGAUAUCAUAUUAGAAGCUGAUCCUUCGAAAGAAGAUCUUCAAGGUCUCGUUCAGUAUCUGUCAACAAAUGACUCCGUGUACGAAGUGCGAAAAUAUCUUACUCAAAGAAUGGAGCAAAUCGCUGAGAAAAAUAGUGAGUUUGCGAAGAACUUAAAAGAAGCUUUCCAGACUGAGGGGAAAAAAGUCAUGAACUACAAUGCACUCGCUUUAAAGGGACUAAGCACUGCUUUCACCAGAACUUUUUUAAAUUCCCCAGGAAGUAAUGGUUCGUUAGUUACGGUUCAAGAAGUGAGUUCCGGACUUCUUAAGCGCGGAGUGGUUGAUGUGAUUUUAGAGUCUGGUAAAGAUCGUCAAUCUCUAUUCUCUUUGGGGCUCUUCGCAGGAGGCCUUGGGAGCUUUGUAUCCUCCUCCGAAGACAAUUCGGAUUCCACGGAUGAAGACGAAACAGCCACAGCUGGAAUGGACAUAAGUUUCCUCGGAGUUGGAAUAAGACCUUUUGUCUUUUUUUCUGGUCAGGGGGAACUCAUGGGUCACGUGUGGUCCGGAACAGCUUCGGAAAGAACACCAGCAUUCCAGACACUUACUAAUCUUCACCGCCAUAAAGAGUUCAUACCACUCUCGUCAGGCUUCAUCGCUGAAAUCGACGUGGAUGGGGCUGCUAGUUUUGACUUGGCCGGAAAAAUUCAACUUAGCCUAUGGUCAAGAAACGCACAAUCCCUCGUCGAAAUGGGAUCGGGUAUAGCCAUUCGUGGUGCGAGUAAAAUUCGCUCAGACUUUGUACAAAGUACAGCAGAAUUCUCACUCAGCAUGGAACCUAAACUAGAGCUAGCGACGGAUGUGGACUUCUCGGGUUCGAUUUCUCUAUGUAUGAGACUCACUCAACCGCGAAACACAGUAAGGCACAAUAUCUACAAGAUAGAGAGGAUACCUGGCAGUAGACACAAAUUAAGAAAGACACGUAGAACAAAGUUUGGAUCACCAGCAAAGUCUUACCUGCUCAACAGAAAAAACAACGAAAUGUGCUCAAAAGUGUUCAGCUAGUUAACCAAGACUUCUACGACAUUCUGUGAAAGCCCCUGUUUCAAAGAAAAAAAUUAUCAAGAGCCGAGCUCACGCUAAGCACUUAGCUUCUUUGUAUUUUUGUACCAUAUCGUCUAGUACUAGCUUACGUUGUAGAUAUUAUUGAUAAGGCCAAUCACCUCAAAUCUACCAGCUGAAGUUAGUUGCUCCAUGGACAAUCAAAUGGACAAGUGGACUUGAAUCGAUACGUUUGAGGUGAUUAGCCUAUAGAAUUUUAUUAAUAAAAUAGUGUAAAAACGAAA